AUGCUGAGAGAGAAUCCGGAGGUCAUUGGCGAGUACGGAGCUCUAUUGGAAUCCUGGUGUCGCGACAUUGAACGAUACCUGGAAGAAGGUUUGGAUCAACAAGCUGUUGAGAAGGAGCCAGGACCGCGUGGUGAGCUCGACUUCUGGCGCAGCCGCAUGCAAAAGAUCACCUCCAUCACGGAGCAGCUCAAGGGCCGCGAGUGCAAGGCGGUCUUCGACGUGCUUCACGCCGUGACGCGGCACGGAGGCAGUGACGUGGCGCCUAAGAGCCGGCAGACCGUCUUCAAUACACUGAGAAGAUGGAAACAAAUCGACAUCUCCAUCACCGAAGCUUUCAACGAAGCGAAAGACAAUGUGAAGUAUUUGACGACCUUGGAGAAGUUCAUUGAGCCUUUGUACAGUGGGAGCCCAUCCCAGAUCAUCGACGCCCUCCCGGCCUUGCUGAACUCUGUCACCAUGAUCCACACCAUCGCGCGGUAUUACAAUACCUCCGAGCGCAUCACGAACCUCUUCUCCAAGAUCACCAAUCAGAUGAUCGUCAACUGUCGGUCCUGCAUUAUUGGUGAUUGCGAGGAUGCAUCACAUUUGUGGGAUAUUUUGCCACCAGAGCUCAUCAAGAACUUAGAGGUGUGUUUGAAGCUCAAUGAGGCCUAUCAAGAGCAAUACAACCUCACCAAAAGCAAGCUCAUGACCUUGCCGAAGGGCAAGCAGUUUGACUUCAACGAGAGCUUGAUCUUCGGGCGCUUCGACCUUUUCUGCCGAAGAGUGGUGAAGCUCAUCCACAUGUUCGGCACAGUGCACCAAUUCAAUCAGCUGAAGAUCCACUUGAAAUCCAUGGACGGGAUCCGGCAAUUGGUCGCAUCUUUCCAAAACAUCGUGGACGACUUCAAAGUGAAGCGUCAUGACUUGCUGGACUUCCUGAACAAUCGCUUUGACCGAGACUAUGUGGAGUUCAAUGUGCGUGUGAGUGAGUUGGAGAGCCGAUUACAAGAGUUUAUCAACCAAUCCUUCCACAACAUCGCCUCCAUCGAUACCUCCUUGAAGCUUCUGAGCAAAUUCCAAUCGAUUCUGCAGAAUGGCAGCUUGAAGACCGACUUGGAGUCGAAGUUCUCGGUGAUUUUCCACAACUACGGUCAAGAGCUGGAGGUGCUGAAGGAGGUGUACGAGAAGCAACGGGGCUCGCCGCAGUUCGUGCGGAACAUGCCCCCGGUGGCUGGGAACAUCAUGUGGUCCAGGCAGCUGCUGCACCUCAUCAUGGAUCCCAUGCGCCGCUUCCACUUGAACCCCUUGGUGCUGGCCGGCGGCAAGGAGGCCAAGCGCAUCACCAAGAUGUACAACAAGAUGGCCAAGACCUUGGUGGAGUUUGAGAUCGUUUGGCAUCAGGCUUGGAUGAGCUCCUUGGAGACCACCAAAGCAGGACUCAACGCCACGCUGAUGAUCAAACAUCCCGAGGAUCAGAAGUAUCACGUGAACUUUGACUCCGAGAUUUUGCAGCUCAUGAGGGAAACCAAGAUCAUCGACCGCAUGGGGCACAUCGACAUCCCUGAGACGAGUGCUCGGAUGAUCCUGCUCCAGGAAAAGAAGCUGAAAGCUUACUACAACGAGCUGAACUUCUUGUUGCAAGAGUAUCGACGAGUCACGCAGAUGGUGAAGCCGAUCACUGCCAACUUAUUGAAACCGCACUUGGAGCACCUGGAGUUGCAGUUGAGGCCUGGCAUGGUCACUUUGACCUGGAUGUCCAUGAACUUGGAUACCUAUCUCAAGAGCGUUUGGGAUGCUUUAGCCCAGCUGGAACAGCUGAUUUCGGGCAUCAACGACAUCAUGGAAAGCCUAGUGGAUGCAAACCUUCGCCUGGUCUCCCGCGUGUUGUUGGCAGACCUGCCCGAGGACACGCGUUUGGUGUCCCUGGACGACUUUGUGGACCUUCAGGAGCGGCAUGUGCGACGCACCACCGAGUGGCUGGUGGCCAAGAACCAGGAGACCGAGGAGGCGGUCAAUGACAUGCUGGGCACCAUCGUGGCCUUCCCCUUGGAUCCGCAUGUGCGCGGCAUCUCCGAAAGCGAGAUCAUCAAAGUGAAGGCCCACUAUAACUGGAGUAUGUACCAGUCGCUGCUCGCAGCCACCAAGCGGUCCCUCCACAAGGUCAAGGAGCGCCUCGCGGCACGGAAGCAGUCGGACGGCUCCCCAUUGCCACCCAUCUUCGAGGUGGAGCUGCAGCUGAAUGGCCUGGGCGUGUGUUUGCAGCCGUCCAUCGAGGAGAUCCAAAGCGCCGUGAAUGGCGGGGCCAUUGCGGUGCUGAAGAGCUCCAAGAUGAUCGAGGCCUGGGACACUGUGACCAUCCCCAAAAACGUGCAGCUCUUGUUGAAUCCCAACCUCCCUCCUGUUCGGGGCAGUGGUUCUCAAGGGACCUUCUAUGAUCGAGUGGCACAAGAUAAAGAGAUUCUGCGAGUGGUGCUGCUGCUCACCGGCAGUAUUCAGAACGCCCGGAACGGGAAGGAUGAGUAUUUGAAGGACUUUGAACGCUGGAGCUGGCUCUGGAACCGCGACAUCGAUGAGGAGUAUCGGAAGUUCUUGCGCACCGAGCCGUCUUUGGACGAGUUCGAGGCGCGUUUGAGGUCCUUCGCACGCCUGGACGACGAGUUCCAGCUAAUCGAUGCCAGCCGUCAGAUCUCGGCGCUCUCCUUGCAGGCUGCGCUGGGACCGAACGGCGCCGGCUUGCUUAACGCGGCGUGUUCCGCCGUCGACGCGUGCGGUGCGGUGGUGGCGCGUUUGCGUGCCCGCGGCGAUGGGCGUGGGCGUUGUUGGGAGCGGCGCGGUGGGAAGGCCUUCCUGCGGCUGGAGGCUUUGAGCGAGGUCAUCAAGUCGACCAUGAAGAAGCUGAGUCAGGAGGUGGCAGAUGGGGACAUCGAAGCCUUGGGCCAAGUGAUGCGCACCCUGCGCGAGGUCCGAGAGAAGCAGGGUGAGAUCGAGUUGGAAUUGGAACCCGUCGCCCAAAUGUAUGCCAUGUUGACUUGCUACUUGCCCAACAUCCUGGACAAGGAGGAACAGGAUGCCCGCAGCAUGCUGCAGAGUAGCUGGACCCGCUUACUCGCCGAGAGUGAGACCAGGCACCUGGAGCUCACGGUGAAGCAGGUGCACUUCAAGCGAAAUCUCAUCAAGACGGUGCAUUCCUUCAAGCGCGACGUGGAGAAGUUCCGGCGCGACUACGAGGAGCGCGGGCCCAUGGUCAAGGGCAUCCGCCCGGGACAGGCCGUGGAACGCCUGAAGCGCUGCAAGGAGGAAUUCGAGGCCACGCGCGGUGCGCGGGUUCAUCGCGUGUUUAUCACGGAUCCGGUGCACGCUCGGAAGCGGCAGAUCUUCGGCUUGGGCGAAGACUUGUUCGGCUUGCCCCACCAGAGCUACACGCAACUGGACCAGACGGAGAAAGAGUUGGACUACCUCAGUCAGCUCUAUGACUUGUACACCGCCGUCCUGGAGACUAUUGGCAGGUGGAAAGACUACCUGUGGGUGGAUGUGCCUGCACAGAUGGAGAGUAUGAAGAAGGAGGCGGAUCAGUUUGCGUAUCGCUGUAAGAAGAUGCCACCGCAGCUGCGCGAGUGGCCGGCAUACCAUGAGCUCAAGAAGGAGAUUGAAGAUUUUCAGCACAUCCUGCCCAUUCUCAUGGAGCUCUCCAAGAAGAGUAUUCAACAGAGGCACUGGCAGCAGGUGAAUGACAUCACCGGAAAGGACCUCCAAGUGGAGAGAGAGGACUUCAAACUCCAGUCAUUGAUCGAUGCCACUCAGCCGCCGUUUUUUCUUUUGCAAGGCUUUCGUGGUGGAAGGCGUGAGGGCGAAGACGUGGUGGAAGACAUGGUCUCGACUGAACUGCCCGGGUUUUCGUGUGUCGACUUCCUCCCACCGGGUGUCGAAUCACCGGGUGACACAAGGUGCGUCCGAAUCACAGGUGUUCUUCGACACCCUCGCUGA